AAGGUGAUCAAUGUUCCCUCCAAGAAGGAAAAAGGGAAAAUGGAAUGUAAGGCAAAGUGUAGGUUUUGUCAUCACAACUAUGCAUAUCGCCCUGGGGGAACCACUACAACACUAAAUCGUCACUUAGAUAAGUGCACAAUAUAUCUGAACAAGCUUGCAAAGGCUAAAGCUCAAGGUACACUUGAUUUUCCUUUAGCUGAUGGUUCUAUGGUUGUGCAUCCUACUGAGUAUGAUCAUGAUCACACUAAACUUUUGAUUGCCCGUAUGAUAAUUCUACAUGAUUACCCAUUUAGAAUUGUUGAGCAUAAAGGGUUUAAUGCCUUGAUGAAGUGGAUGAAUCCUAGCUAUGAAUUCAUUGGUCGCAAGGCCAUAAAAAGUGAAUGCAUGAAAUUGUAUGAAUCUGAAAAGGAACAUCUCAGGAAAAGUCUUAGGGAGGCUGAGACCAUAAGUUUAACUACAGAUAUGUGGACAUCAAAUCAAAACCUUCAGUAUAUGUGUUUGGUGGCUCAUUACAUAGAUGUUAAUUGGGUUUUGCAAUGCCGUGUCCUAAACUUUGUUGAGGUGGAGCCUCCUCACACCGGUAUUGUCAUAGCUCAAGCUAUUUUUGAUUGCUUGGUUGAUUGGAAAAUAGAGGACAAGGUCAUGACAAUAACCCUUGAUAAUGCUUCAAACAAUGACACCGCUGUUUCAAAUUUGAAGUCUAAGCUUGCUGCUAGAAAGAAUGCUCAGUUUGAUCCAGAUUAUUUCCAUGUUCGUUGUGCUGCCCACAUAGUUAAUUUGGUUGUUAAUGAUGGCCUGCAACAAAUUCAAUCUUUGAUAACCAAUGUUAGGAACACUGUGAAGUACUUUAAGAAGUCUCCAGCCCGUAUGUAUAAGUUUGUGGGUGUGUGCAACACUUAUUCAAUUAAAGUUGGUAGAGGGUUGUCUAUUGAUGUUAAAACAAGGUGGAGUUCGACCUAUCGGAUGCUAGAGACAUGCAUUGAGUAUAGAAAUGGUUUUGAUUAUUAUGCUGAAUCAGACACCAAAUAUGAAUGGCUACCUUUACAAUCUGAAUGGGAUUUGUUUGAGAAAAUUCAGCCAAUCUUGGGAACAAUGUCUGGUGCAACCACUGCAUUUUCAGGGUCAACCUACCCCACUGCCAAUGUUUUCUAUCCAUACAUAGCUAAAGUUAAGAUUGCAAUAUUAGCUUCUAGAGCACAAGCACAAACUGCACUGUUAGAAGCUGCAAGGUUAGGGCAGCAGUCUGGACUUUAUGAACCUGACCCUAAUGAUGUAUUGCUGGUGACUAUGGCUGAUGCAAUGUUGGAAAAAUUCAAUAAAUAUUGGGAGAACACAAACAAUAUCAUGAUCAUUGCUACAAUCCUUGACCCUAGGUUCAAAAUGAGGUACAUUAGAUGGUGCUUCAGUGAAUUUUUUGGUGAGACAAGGUGUGUAACAGAGGUUGCUGCCAUAACUGAUGAGAUGGAAAAACUCUACAGAAAGUAUGAGCGGAUAUGUCGCCACAACCAAGGUGGGAACAGUCCACACAAUGGUCACUCGGCCUCAUCCUCAAUCUCUACUACCACCUCAUUGGCUUCAAUUAUUCCAAGUGGAUUUCAAUCCUUUUUGCAGUCAAAUGCUAAAGAAUCCUCAAAGUCUGAGUUACUCAUCUAUCUAGAUGAACCAAAUGUGUCCCUCGAAGAUAGCACUUUCAACUUACUCAAUUAUUGGAAGGUAAAUGCCCAUAGGUUUCCUGUUGUGUCCAACAUGGCAAAGAGGUUCUUGGCUGUUCCAGCUAGCAGUGUGUCAUCAGAGUCCACUUUUAGUACCGGGGGAAGAAUUCUUGAUGACUACCGGAGUUCUUUGAAGCCAGAAACAGUUCAGGCUUUGGUUUGUGCUUCAAGCUGGAUAAGAGCCUCUCAAAAUGACAAUAGUGCACCUAUCCCUGUGGGAGAAAAUGGAGAUGAUGACAUCGAAAUAGUGGACUUCCCCAAUUGUGUGGUGGCAAGCAACUAGCUACAAGCCUACACCCUAUGGGAGAAAGGGAGUGUGGGACUAUGGGAGAAAGGGAGCUGCCAAUUGCCAUGCUAUUUGUGUUUUGUGUUUAUGUGCAACUGUGUUGGAUGAAAUCAUGAAAAUGAUGAACCUUGCAGGCUGCAGCUUUACUAGUUAUGCACUUA